AUGUCGAGACAACAACAAAAUCAAGGUACGAUCAUCAGAGAUUUGCUAAGGGCGGUACAAGAUUUGGGUAGGCAACAAGCACAGGGUGGUCCUUGUGGUACAAACGCUAACAACACCAGCUCAAUCGUGGAACAGUUCCGUCGCUACAAACCCCCAACCUUCGAUGGCAAGGCAGACCCACUAGCAGCUGAAGAAUGGAUAAGAGGAAUGGAGCGAAUCUUCAAACAUCUAUCUUGCACUGAUACUCAAAAGGUGUUAUGUGCAGAAUUUAUGUUGGUUGACGCGGCAGGCCAUUGGUGGGAGUCAGCAUCUCGCACUAGAACAGAAGCACAACAACGUGCUCUGACUUGGACGCAAUUUGAGGAGGAAAUGAUGGGAAAAUACUUCCCACAGGCCCUGAGGGAUCGCAAGGAGACAGAAUUCCUUCAACUCAGACAAGGAAAGACGAAACUUGAAGAAUAUGAAAGAAAAUUCGAACAACUCUCAAGAUAUGCACCACACCUAGUGGAUACUGAAGCAAAGAAAGCAAGGAGGUUCGAACUUGGAUUGCGUCCUGAGAUUGGUGGAAUAAUGGCAUCCCACCAAUUCACCACCUAUAGGCACGUUUUGCAAACUGCCCAAACAAUCUCAAAUAGGUUGGAAAUAGAUCAAAUUCCCCAUCAAGGGGCCGAGUUAUCAGGAAAGAGGAAGUGGAAUGGGUCCAAUGAAGGGAAGGGAGAGGGACAUAACAAAAAGGUUAAUUUUGGAUCAAGUUUUGGACAAGCCAUUUCACCAUGUCCAAAGUGCAAUAAAAUGCAUAGUGGUGAAUGCUUGUUUGGGAAGCAUGUGUGCUAUCGAUGCGGUAAAACAGGGAAUAUUUCCAAAAAUUGCAAAGAAGACCCCUUGAAGAAGAAUGAUGAACAAGAAAAGAAGGGAAAGACCCGAGUUUUUGUUUUAGCCCAGGAACGGACAACAGAGGACCCGAACGCAGUUAUAUGCGGGACGUCUAUUUCCCACUUCGCCAGAUGCUUAUCCCUAGCUCAGCGAGACUUCCUCGCUUCACUAUCAUUGAGCUUGGCUCUAAGUCCUUGUCAUUCCGAGAUGUUUAUCCCUAGCUUCACGAGAUGUGUUCUCCUUGCUUCACUAUCGUCAAGCAGAGUUCUAAGUUCUCUACAUUCCGAGGCUGCUUAUGGCUUCGAUAGUUCGAGUUACUAUCGGAACGUCUAUCCCCUGCCUCACCAGAUGUUGUUCUCAACUUUACAAAGCUUAGAUGCACCUAAUGCGAAGUCCCCUGUGGGUGAUCGCCUCGGUCGUUGCGUUCUCUCAGCUUUACAAAGCUUUAGCCAUCUUCCAAUGUGUCAUCCCCUGUGGGUUGGUGCACUGGUGGCAGAUGAGCUCCUCAUUCAGCUUUACAAAGUUUAG